AUGGACCGGCAAGAGUCUCUGCAUGGCUCCUGUAUGUGUGGGCGAAAUCAAUAUCUGAUUCAAAUUCCUGACAAUGUGACCGACCACGCCCGCGUCUACUUUGACGGCGGCAGGGACAACCGGAAGUCCUAUGGCACACCACUUACUGCCUGGCUACGAGUUCCUCUGAAUUGGUACCAAUCCCAUACCCAAUCGUUCUUCCCCGACGAGACGCAUGGCACCAUCCGUCGUAUCUUCUCGCCACAGCAUGCACCGCACACGCAGAGGGUAUUCUGCGGCUUUUGCGGAUCGCCGCUUACAUACUGGAGUGAACACCCUCGCGACGAGGCUGAUUUCAUGUCCGUGACUAUUGGCAGCUUGUACGGCGAGGACCAGCGGCUAUUAGAGGACUUGGAGCUUCUUCCCCAAUGGGAGGAAUCCGAGUCCCCAGGAUCGACAGCGGAGGAAGAGGAACCAACUUCUUCCGAAGUCCCCGUCUCCAAAUCUUCAUCAACUCUCGUUGUGCCACCAGACAUUUCCACGUCGGAUAUCGCUCGGAAUUAUAGGCAUGGAACCACGGACGGAAUUCCCUGGUUUGAGGAGAUGAUCGAAGGGAGUGGACUGGGUAAAUUAAUGAAAAGAAGACGCGGCGCCGGGGUAAGCGAUGACCAGUCGACUACCAUAGAAUGGGAGGUGAGUGAGUGGACAAGCACAGGAUCAAAAUCGGAGAGCUCGUCCGCUCAUACUGCAGGGAAAAGAAAACGCGGUGAGCAUACUGAUAUAGUUGAUACUUAAUCCUUGAUACUAUAAAAGUGCUCUCCAAAUAUAAGUAAACUCAUACCAAUAUUGCUAUAGUAAUAUUGCGUUUCUGAUCCCAGCCCUAUCUCACAUUAAAUAAUACAGAGAAGAGGUUAAUUAUACAAACUUUAGAAUAACCAAGCUAUUUAGGUGACUAAAUACAUAGCUAGGAUAAAAGCUAGAUAAAGAACUGGAACAGCAAAAGAAAAGGUG